CACCACCCAGCUUAGGUCACUCACCCACCUUCGAUCCUGAGGCCUGGUUGCUCUCUGCCAGCUUCGCCCAGCCUGUUUCUGACCUGUGUUCCCUCCUCUGUGCCAGGACAGGCCCCAUGCUGCUUUGGACGGCUGUGCUGCUCUUUGUUCCCUGUGUUGGGAAAACUGCCUGGCUGUACCUCCAAGCCUGGCCAAACCCUGUGUUUGAAGGAGAUGCCCUGACUCUGCAAUGUCAGGGAUGGAAGAAUACACCACUGUCUCAGGUGAAGUUCUACAGAGAUGGAAAAUUCCUUCAUUCCUCUAAGAAAAAACAGACUCUGUCCAUGGGAGCAGCAACAGUGCAGAGCGGUGGCCAGUAUAGCUGCACUGGGCAGGUGAUGUAUAUUCCACAGAUAUUCACACUAACUUCAGAAACUCUCAUGGUUCAAGUCCAAGAGCUGUUCCCACCUCCUGUGCUGAGUGCCACCCCCUCUCCUGAGCCCCGAGAGGGUAGCCUGGUGACCCUGAGAUGUCAGACAAAGCUGCAUCCCCUGAGGUCAACCUUGAGGCUCCUUUUCUCCUUCCACAAGGACAGCCACACCUUGCAGGACAGGGGCCCUCAUCCAGAACUCUGCAUCCCAGGAGUCAAGGAGGGAGACUCCGGGCUUUACUGGUGUGAGGUGGCCCCCGAGGGUGGCCAGGUCCAGAAGGAGAGCCCCCAGCUGGAGGUCAGAGUGCAGGUUCCUGUGUCCCGUCCUGUGUUCACUCUGCACCACGGACCCACUGACCCUGCUGUGGGGGACAUGGUGCAGCUCCUCUGUGAGGCCCAGAGGGGCUCCCCUCCAGUCCUGUACUUGUUCUACCUUGAUGAGAAGAUUGUGGGGAACCACUCAGCUCCCUGUGGUGGAAACGCCUCCCUCCUCUUCCCAGUGAAGUCAGAGCAGGAUGCUGGGAACUACUCCUGCGAGGCUGAGAAUGGUGUCUCCAGAGAGAGGAGUGAGCCCAAGAAGCUCUCUCUGAAGGGUUCUCAAGUCUUGUCCACUCCCACCAGCAGCAACUGGCUGGUUCCUUGGCUGCCUGUGAGCCUGCUUGGCAUGAUGGUCAUUGCUGCUGCACUUCUGGUUUAUUUGAGACCCUGGAGAAAAGCUGGGCCCCUUCCAUCCCAGAUACCACCCCCAGCUCCAGGUGGAGAGCAGUGCCCACUAUAUGCCAAUGUGCAUCACCAGAAAGAGAAAGAUGAAGGUGUUGUCUACUCUGUGGUGCAUAGAACCUCAAAGAGGAGUGAGGCCAGGCCUGCUGAGUUCGCCGCAGAGAGAAAGGACAGUUCUAUCAUCUAUGCAGAGGUGAGAUGCCUGCAGCCCAGUGAGGUUUCAUCCAAGGAGGUGAAUAUAAGAAGCACCCUCCAAGAAUCCCUUGGCGACUGUGAGGAAGUCCUCUGCUAGUGACGGUGUUCUCCUAUCAACACACGCCCACCCCCAGUCUCCAGUGCUCCUCAGGGGGACAGCGGGCUCCUCGACUCUUUCUGGGGCUCCUUCAAUUCCCAAAUCCAGCAUCACGCAGCCCUGGAGCCCUUGUCCUGGUCAGAAGCACCUGAACCCUGGGUUCUCCUCUUAGCAGAAGACCAACCAAUGGAAUGGGAGGGGAGAUAGCCCACCAACACACACACUUAGGGUCAGUCAGUGACACUGGACACAGAAGCCACAGAAAGCAUGUUACUUCCCCCCGAUAUAUGUAUAUAUAUCUCGUCCUUCAGGAAGCAUCCAGAAGGAGGCCUUGUUAUCAUAGCAGAUGACAGCUCCAUGUGUGUUGUUGUCCCCGAAGACCUUCCAGUGGGACAAGAUGAUGUGGUGGAAGACAGUAAUAUUGAUGAUCCGGACCCUGUGUAGACCUAGGUUAAUGUGUGUGUUUAUGUAUGUCUUAGUUUUUAACAAAAAAAGUUUAAAAAUUAAAAAAAAAAAACAUUUAAAUAGAAAAAUAUAUAUAUAUAUAUGAAAUAGUUACAUGCCACAUAACAGCAUUUCAGUCAGUGAUAGACUGCAUACACAACAGCAGUCCCAGAAGAUUAUAAUGGAGUUGAAAAUUUGCUACUGCCUAGUGAUAUCAUAGCUGCCUUAACAUCAUAAUACAAUGCAUUUCUCACACGUUUGUGGUGAUGCUGGUACAAACAAGCUACAGCGCUGCUAGUUAUAUAGAAAUAUAGCACACACAAUUAUGUACAGUACACUAUACUUGA